UUCAACAGCAUUAACGUUCUGUAUGUGGGCAGCUAGUCUAGUUUUUGAGAAUUAGGUAAGGUUGGUAAAGAAUAGUUUUCCUGAUAUCUUAAAAAUUUUUUAAAUCUUAUGUUCUAUGGAUAUUUGAGGUUUUGUUACUGUAUAUUCCCCGGAUGGAUCCUUGGUGGUUAGUCAUACUAGAGGCUUAUGUUGCUAUAUGACAGUAUCUGUUUCUCACAUGCAAUUCCACCUUUGUGUGCAUUCUCUUUGCAUACAAAUACUACAAUGAAUACUUUAGCUUAGAGAGACUUCAAAGUAUGUUUUAAAAAAUAAUCGGUGCCCUUAAAUCAUCCUUCAGAAACUGUGUACCUUAAACAGCGCUGUCUUGGUAGUCACCUUUGACACUGGGUUCUUAAUUCUGUCUGACAGAUUAACAAAGAUGGCAUCCUAACCAUCAAGUGACUCUAAUGGCUGUCUGAAUUUAUGAUCACAGGUGGAAGUCUGCAAGACAGUAAAGAUGCACUGAAGUUGGCACAAACAAAUGACAUGUUUUUCAGCACAGUUGGGUGUCAUCCCACGAGAUGUGAUGAAUUUGAAAAGGGCAGCCCCGAUCAUUAUUUAGCAGGACUGCUGGACCUUGCUGAGAACAACAAGGGGAAAGUUGUAGCAAUAGGGGAAUGUGGACUUGAUUUUGACCGACUUCAGUUUUGUUCCAAAGAUACUCAGCUCAAAUAUUUUGAAAAACAAUUUGAGCUGUCAGAACAAACACAAUUACCAAUGUUUCUUCAUUGUCGAAACUCACAUGCUGAGUUUUUGGACAUUAUGAGAAGAAAUAGAGAUCGGUGUGUGGGUGGAGUGGUGCACUCAUUUGAUGGUACGAAGGAAGCAGCAGCUGCUUUGAUUGACUUGGACCUUUAUAUAGGAUUUAAUGGUUGCUCACUGAAAACUGAAGCUAACUUGGAAGUUCUGAAGUCAAUACCUAGUGAAAAACUAAUGAUUGAAACAGAUGCACCUUGGUGUGGAGUUAAAAGUACACAUGCUGGAUCAAAAUUCAUAAAAACUUCAUUUCCUACCAAAAAGAAAUGGGAAAAUGGAUACUGUUUAAAAGAUAGAAACGAGCCCUGCCAUAUAAUUCAGAUAUUGGAGAUAAUGUCAACAGUAAGAGAAGAAGAUCCACUGGAAUUAGCCAACACGCUAUAUAACAACACCAUUAAAUUAUUUUUUUCCUGAUA